GAGAGGAAGCAAAGACACCAGACAUGACACAAGAGGAGGAUUGAACAAAAUAAAACAGGAAAUGACACACAAGACAGACAAAACAUACAAAAGUCCAGGUACUGAUAUGACAGUUCCCAUGCCACCCUGCCAAGACCUCCUGCCACCCCAUGUAAAAUUUUCUUGAUCCGCCCUGACCAGAACACAUUUAGAACUACAAAACCACCAACAAAUCAAUGCCACAUAUCUACAGACUGUCAUUCACUGAAUAAAAUAUAGCCUAGAACUUUUGUUUUUCAAACAAGAAACUCAUAGCUGACAGUCAAUCAAAAUAACACUGUUUUAUAAUCUUCACGUACUACAUCAGCUGAUAGUUUACAUUGUAACUCUGUUAGCUUAGCUCUGUUUUACAGACAGAAAACAGCCACAGUAAAACCACAAAUCACCUCCAUUUUACAGUUUGUGCUGUCAGUAGUUGCACUGAAGAUCUGUUUGGAAUCAUCUAAACAAGGUCAGAACUGUCACAGUUUAGUCUGAACCGAGGAUCGACAAACAGUGAAGUUACCAAAGUUAAUAACAUCACACAAUAACUUUAUACCUUCAUGAGCCUCAUAAUCAAACUCAAUUGUGUAAAAGAAACACUUCCAUUUCAACAUCAAACUCCAUUCUUUUCAUUUACAGCUGUAUCCCAGGGGUGAAAACAACAGCAGUGCUUCUAGAUUUGAUCACUUUGCGUCUGUAUUUGACUCUAAUAGUUUUUUCUUAGCAGUUCUCAUCCCAUUUUGUCACUAUCUGAUGCUUUGCUCAAAGGCAAGGCAAGGCAAAUUUAUUUAUAUAGCACCAUUCACACACAAGGCAAUUCAAAGUGUUUUCAUCACCAUGGGAGAUCAGAAGAGUGACUCAGUUCUCCCUCUAGUGGUCACAUUAAUCUGUCGGCUUGUCGGUGUGAAAAAUAUUCAGUUCAUGUCAGUAUGAUCCAAUACAGUAACAUCUUAUGUGUACCUUCAGAGGUCUUUAUUUUAAAUACUUUAAUGGUAAUUUUUUUUUUUGGUUUUAAUUAUUUUUCAGUAUUUAAAAGUGGAAAUAUUACAUAUAGCCCCUGGAAAGGCUGUACACAGGCUUGGAAAUUGUCACCAGUCCUUGAAAAAUUAUGAAGUUUUGACAUUUAGUCUGUAUAAAUGUGUGGCAAUCAUGUUUGUCACAAGCUCCAACAAGCUUCAAGAGCUACACAAGGCUUCAUCCACCAUCUACCACAUGAAGAUAGAAGCACCCUUUGUAAAAUCCCCCACAUCCAUCCUGUCACAGCUUCUUGGUACUUGUAUAUUGAAAAGGAAAACACUGAAGAUUAAACGUAUCUUUUUCUUCCUGUUGUUUUCCAUAAGGCAUGGCGGCUACAUUGUUAAUGCAGUGUCUUUUACUAUGCCAGGUGUGGACAACACUUUACAGGCUGUCGUUGCAUUGGUGGGACCAUGUGGCGUCAGUCAUAUGGAGGGAAGCACCCAGUCAAGGCAGCUGCAACCCACCCACUCCUCUGGGAUGGAGAGUAGGAGUGGAAAGCAGAAAUCACAAGCAUGGGUCUAUUUCAAAAAGGUGUCCCCCAAUGAGGUACAAUGUUCGCUGUGCCAGCUAAAGCUGGCAUACAAUGACAACACCUCCUCAAUGUGGGGGCAUCUUCGAGCCAAACAUAACAUUUCAGGAACAUCCCAACCCUGCAGCACUGAUAGAGCCAGUGGUCCAGAUUCUUCCUUUGUGAGCAACCUUGUAGCAUUGUACACUAGAGCAGCACUAUACUGCAUGAAAGCUGCCGAUGACCUGCUCCACGACCUUGUCAAUGGACAGAGUUAUAUAGACAAAGAGGCUCUUGCUACUGCAGUGGAAAAACUCCUGGACACCUGUCAGCCUUACUUUGAUGACCUGGAAUCCACUGCUCAGAGCGCUAUGCAUGCACAUGCACCUCCGUCCCUUGAGAUCAUCAAAAUGUGUGAGCAACUGUGGGACCACUCUCAGCAGCUGCAUGAAAAACUGGAGGAGCUGGUGUUGACCUGUGCCAAUUACAAAGUCCUCUGUCUGAGCGAGAGGGAGCCUCACAGUGUGUCUCAUUUCUACAUCGGGCAGUUCUGCGUAGACGGGAUCAGGGUGACCACGUUCCGUUACUGUAAGCCAACACCGUACCUGGCACGGGAGAACACAGGACUGUACAAACGCAUCCGGUGGAACAUCCAAAGACUUGAAGACCAGCCACAGACAGACAGAGGACAGGGGGGAAUGAGUGACAACAAUGACUAUUACUUCCUCUGUUACGAGGACAUCAAUGGGCACAGAGAUUUUGACAGGGACAACCACGGAGCUGCUGAACAUAGUGGAGAUGACAAAGUGAAGCUGUGGUACAUUGUAAAGUGGGUCCAAGUGUAUCCUGCUCCAAAUGAUUGGAUCUGCGGUGAGGUUCCUGAGGUUCCAGCAGCCACCUACGAGAGGAUGUCGUUUAUGGGCCUUGAUGAGCCCUCUUGCCGCAGUGCUACUGACUGUCUGCUGCAGCGUCUGUUGUCACCACCAACAGAGUGAUGUGAGAAAUUGGAGGAGGAAUAUGUGUGUGUAUCCACUGGACAUCUGUAUCUGCAAAAUAUCUUUUUGCUGUUUACAACAUGCAUCUCAAGUAGGGAGAGUUACUUAAAGCACUUAGGACCUGUUUGUUCUAAUACUCUUUCACAGAACUCAAAGCCAAAUGUGUCUUUUUUCAUGUUAACCUGUAAUCAGUGUACUGUUAUGGAAAUAAUCAGGUGAUGAUACUCCUUAUGCAAUACUGACCAAAGUCCAGUUUUAUACUUAAAAUGACAGCAUUGAUGAAUUAAACGAAGUGCAAUUAUUUUCUAAGGACUUUUAUACAACAAGGCUGUAAAUUUUUUGUUACAUGAAGAAAUAAUAAAUGUAAUAAAAUUUGAAUUGUUUAUUUACAAUAAACAUUGCAUUGUCAUAAUUACACAAUCACAGAUUUGAUUUUGAUGAAGUUAAAGAAAACAACAAACUUCAUUUAUUAACAAGCUGCCAUAAUUUGGGCCUCAGGAGCAGGAAUGCCCAGUUUUUCUUUAAAUUCAUUCAAGCAGUUUAAAUUAAUACACACAGGCUUCACCUCGCUUUCAUAACUUACCAUCCAAAACAGGAGGUUUAGUACGUUUUAGCCUUAACAAUAUGAAAGAUACUCAGCCUAAUGUGUUCACUUUGACCUUGGAAUCAUUUAGCAUCAUUGAUUCUAGUGACUAGACAUAAAAAAGGCAUUUUAGUUACAAGAAAGAAUAGUAUCUACCAUUUACAACCAAUUUCCUUCAUUCUCUAUUUCAAUAAAAAUCUAUAUAGAACUCUUAAAGGGUAACUAUGCUUCUAAAUGUCUAAAGUACAAAAAGUGGAGUUUCCCUUCAGAAGAGUGAGCAAUCUUUAAAAAAAAAUAUACACAUAAUUGCUUACAGAAACAAAGAAAGCACAUGUAAAUAGUCCAGCUUUGUGAAAUACAGUGAGUAAUGACUGCGAGGUACAAGAAUGAAAACACACACAAACAUAAAAGCUUGUUUUUCAGCUGCUACACAUAGAGGCUUUGAUAAAAGGCUGGAAAAAUUGGAGAGACAAUAAAGGGGUGUUUCUUUUCCCAGAUUCAACAGUGACAAAGAGCAAGUACGAGUCUUCAAGAGUUAAGUGAGGAUUAAAGCACUGGAUGCCGAGGCUUCACAGGCUCGUCUCACACUAAAAAAAACAUCUGCUCUUAGUUCAGUUACUAAACAUGACUCAACCUUUUGGUUAUUUAAAGCCAGAGAACACUGAACUUGACACGAACGGCUCAAAAAUUCACUGAGUACAUGUAAAGAGUUUCAUCAAACUUCCAAAUCCGGCCUAAGAGAAAUCCCUCAUUGCUACUUGAUGAAGCAAAAAAACAAAAACAAAAUUGACAACACUUACAGACAAAACACAGCUUGCACACAACAACUGAUGACAGACAGCACAGAUACACAAACAUUUAAAACACACUUCAGUACCGUAGCUCAUCACAGUUUGAACAAUACACAGUAAAUACCCACAUGAACCUGAUAUGGAGCCUUCCCAGCAUCCUUCUCACCCCAGCCCAUCACAGUAGUAUCCGUUAAGACCCAGAGUCGGUCAUGUUCCAACAUUAAUGCCGUCACAGUCCUGGACGUGACCAGUGUAGACGUUUUUUGUGCUUACAGGUGGCUGUUUGACGUAGCUAUAGUGCAAACAAUACAAACAACCACAGCAGUGACGUUGACCAUAAAACACAUCUUCCUCUGUGAAAAUUCAUCUUCAGCAGUAUUUAACUCAUUAAAUAAUAAGCAAACCCCAUCUAAAGGCUAAAACAUCAGUGCAUGACUCCAGUGAUUCAAAGGGAAAAAUAUCCUUAUUAAACCGACCUUUGGUAAGUAAUUUCACCUCCUAAAAUCCACAGAGAAGGUUAUACUCAGGUUGUUAUAUUCUCUUUCCCCUCAGAUCAAUUCAAAUAAAUUAGAGGAAAGAAUUUUUGCAUCUGUAUGUAGAGUUAAGAUUCACAUACAUUACAUUUUAAGAUUUUGAUUCAAGUGCAGUCUCAUUCAUUGAUAUUUGUGGAGAUGGAUUUAGAUUUUUCAGUUGCCAGAUUCUACAUCUCCACUAUUUUGCCGCUAUAAGGUUAUGAGGAUGUGUGUUUAUGGCUUCAGUAACAGUGGCUACAUAAGAAAAAUUAAGUAAAAGAACCAUAUCCGUCCUCGUAAUCUCCCAACAGACUGAUGGUAACCAUUUGGCACAAUUGGUGUGUUUAUGUAUAACAGCGACUUUUGAGAUAAAGUGUCCAUUUCCACUUUGUUAGUGUGCAGCGGUGAAGCAUCAUGUGGUCCUGUGAGUAUGGUUUCAGGAGUGUGGGCAAAAAGUGCAAUACUGUUGUCCACUAGUCAGUGUGUGUGUGCAGUCGUGAGGGGUGUAGUGUGUGAGGUAACAGGCGCAGAGCUGCUUUUGCCUCUUUCAAUUUCUAUCAGGUAGAUUACAGACCCAUGUUCCUUUUCUGGCAGCUGCAGAGGUUUUCUGGCCCUGAGCAUAGACUUUCAGGCAGGGUCAUAGCUACAAAUUCCAAAAGACACAGUGGUCAAAUGUCCUACAUGUGAAUUUGGGGGGGGGGGGGGGGGGGGGGUUAAUUAACUAACUACCUUAAACCCAACAAUCCGGUUCUUGUGUACAGGGUGAUUUCUGUAGAUUUAAAGAAAAAUGCCUUGACACAAGUACAUUUAGACUGACAACUAAGUCUCAUUACCUUAAUGCAGUACGUUUCAGCACUGAUUUAGACUUUUCCUAAGCGGCAGUAAGUGCCUUUUGUUUUUGCAUCAAUU